AUGGGGGCAGAGUGCACGAAGAGCCUGAUGAGAAACCGUAACAGACAAUUGGAGGUGGGAGUUAGGCUGAUUCCCACAGACCUCUGCCAAGAGGGGGCCAUGCAAAGUGUAAGCCAAGCCCCUGACUUCCUUGGAUACAUUGGCCCUCCCCAUUCUCCCUGUCACCCCUGUCAGGUCAGGACUGCUGACCAGAAGGAAACCCGGCCCACCACUUCUGCUACCCCCACAGUUGUCAUUCGCGCCCGAGGGUCGCGGCAGGGCUGCCAGUCCCUCUUCACUAUAGUCUUCCCGGAGCCCCUCCCUCGUCCCGGCCGCGACGCGGGCCCCCGGGAACUCGCACCAUCUGUUCCGCACGUCCUCCCGGCAGGGCGCGCGGGCGGGAGCCAGGAGCGCACCUUCCAACCCCAAGACUCGCGCGCCUGGAGGCCGGCGCUGCGCCGCGCGGGGCUGGGAGGGCGGACACGCGGGCUGAGCUCCGGACACCUGGUGGAGCCCGAGCCCCUCCGGGUCCCGCAGUAUAGCCGGCCCGCGCCCGCUCCCGGCUCACUUACCGUCGCCGCCGCCUCCCGGGUCCCGCUCCCGCCGCAGUCAGCAGUGCCCGGCCCGAGUGCAGGGGCCGAGGCGCCGCCAGGAGGCCGGACAAGCCUGAGCCCCGCCCCGCCCGCCGCCCGCCCUCGGGGGGGAGGGGCCGGGGCCGUCCGAGCCGCCCCCCGGGGCCCGGGAUCCCCGCGCCCCCACGCCCCCUCCCGGGCCGGCCCGCCCCGCCCGCUCCAGACGCCCGGCGAGCCCUCCCUGCACUCCCGCGUUGCCUCCCGCCGCCCCGGCCCUCAGGACUCGUCUCCCCGCACCCCGACACCGCCCCUCCGCGGCCCGGCCGGCACGCGCCCUCGCCACACCGGCACCUCUUUUCCACCCCAUCUCACCUCGGGCUUCACACCCCUCUCCAGCGACGCUUUGUCCUUACCCUUCCCCAGAGCGGAAUGUCCUGCCACCUCCCUUGUUAUCCCCGAUACUUUUCACCUCCGGGCCUCAGCUGCUUCCAAUUCCCCCGCUCCUGGAAGCCUUGCCCGUUUCACACCCCCAACCCACAGCCCCUGA